UCCGUCUCCCUCGAAACCUCUUCCUGCUGUUCCGCCCUCUCGAGAUCGAAUUUUAACCUCGUUUCCAUCUAUUUGCAACCAUGGAACUCUCCGAUAUCUUCCGCAUUGUUAACUUGGUUGUGGCGGGUGUCACGGUUCUUGGUGGUGUUUUCCACAUCUUCCCUAUUGGACUCCAGAACCUCAUCAUCGGCAUUUACAUGAUUGUCUUUGGGCUUGCUAUCGCUCUACUAGAAUUCCAAGUCCCUCCCCAAGUUUCGAGAUACGCCAACUUCUUAUUCUCCUUCAUCGGUCGUGGUGUUUUCUACAUCCUCAUCGGAGGCCUUCUCCUUGGCGACAAGCUCAUUAGCAACAUUGCUGGUGGCAUCGUCGGUAUUGCCGGAAUUGGCUACAUUGGCCUCGAGUUUGUCCCCCUGAUUGAGCCCCCGAGCAGCAUGCGAGAGGCCGAUGCUGGCUGGGGCGCCGAGCAAGUCUAAAUGGGCACAGUCUGCCACACACAACCAGCUAGGAAUAGUUCAACGACACCUGGUGAAUGGCGGAUAAAACUCUCUCAGGUGCAUGAGAUAUGACAUGAUAUAAAGCGUCUGAGAGGGCUGUGUUGUUCUUUUCUGGGCGUUGAGGAAGAUACGGAGUUGGGGGAAGAGAUGUCACCAUGUGAUGCAAUCUACGCGCGGAGAGGAAGACCAGGCGAUAUACAAUAUGUCAUGGUGCGGCUCUAGAGGUUCGGUUUUAGCUAGGUCCAAGUAUUUGCUAUUACGGUGAUUACCAGAAUACACUACAAUGCAUAUUAUGAAAAGGCUUGGUUGAAACUCAUUAU